AUUGUAUCGGCCUGUAUGAAAAUCGAUAGAAAAUAUCAGCUGUUUUAAAAGCUAGUGCAAAAUGAAUGUGGAAACGUUGCCCGGCUUGCCGCUCACAAAAGAGCAAUUAAAUAACAUUUUAGCCGGGAUGAGCGUUGGUUAUAUUAAACCCACAGAUCUGCGUACAACUUCGCCAAUACUGCCGCCAUUUAAGAAACUUGGUGUGCUCGUCGACUAUGACGAUAUAGUGGAAGCUACUACAGACUCAAAAAGUUCCACUUCCAAAGAGAAUAAAUUGAACAUCAAAUCGACACAGGCGCAGGAUUACAGCUGCAUCCAAUGUCGUCGCCAUUUGCCGACUGCACAUCUGCUGGAUCUGCACAUCACCGAACAGCAUGAUUUGUAUUUUGCGGCGAGUGUGGAGCGUGGCGACAAACCCCGCUAUUCCUGCUACAUCGAAGAGUGCGUCGUGAAGUUUAAUGAUCCCCAGGAGCGUAAGGAUCAUUGCAUUAAAGUGCACAAGUUUCCGCCCAACUAUCGCUUCGAUCAAGCAAAGGCCAGCAAAGUACACAAAUGCAAGAAUUCCAGUGACAUGGAUGUGGAUGUGGACAAUAAUGUGCCGUUGGCCACUGAGUCCAAAUUACCUUACAUUAAGGCCUUCAAUUUUGGUCAUCCCACACAGAGGACUUUCAACACACGUAAGGAACGUGGAACUGGCAAAGCUCUGCUGGAUGUGCAGGCAAUGAAAGAUGCACUUAACGAUAUGGAUUAAGCUUUAAGUUACCAUUUUUAUUAUUAUUACUCGAAUGUCGAAUGCUCUACAAUAUUAGUCGUAUUAAUUGAUUUGUGGAAACCUUAAGGAUCAUUUGGAUUUGAUGAUCGACCUGUGAAAUUGAAAAUAAAUUGAAAUUGUUUUUGCCAUUCA